AUGCAUUUGGAGCGGUUCGCCGAAACCAACGAUUACGCCAUAUUCUUGGCACAACUAAACCAACACUUUCCAGCAUCAAGCACGGAUUCUACAGUGCGGAAUUAUCGUUUGACGUUCUCAAAACUGCUUUUGUCUCCCAGUCGAGUCAAACUCUACCUACGCGAACGUUGGUUGCCCAAUCGUAUUGAGGCGCUCAGUGGGCUUCGUUCCGCUGUGAUGGAUGUAGCCGGACAGUUUCCCGAAGUUCUGCUUGAUAAUUAUGCAAAUGGGUCGGCGGCAUUCUGCUCGGUUGCGUUGUUCAAAACCACUCGCAGUCACGUGUAUUUUGUCAGCGACUGGUCGGUUCUGAUUCGCGGUCCCGGGCCUGGAGUUGUACGACCGAAUUGGGCUAUUUCGUAUAGUCGUUCGUUCGUUCGCAUUGUCUCUAAGGCUACAGUUCUCCACUUAUUUACAUCCUCCGCGAUUGCUAUGACUAAGAACAAUUUGGCCGAGCAGUAUCGUAUUUUAGGGUCGUUGAAAGAAAAAACCAAACGAUUAAAUGAUACCCUGGAAGCUCUCGGCGAUCAGCGUUCGUUCAUGGACACUGAAGCACAACGAAUAGCGGAGUACGAAGAGGAAUUCCAAUGUCUUGUCGCGGAUCGCGCUUUCCAUCUACAACAGCUACAACUGAUUGAAUACGAUAUGAUGCUGCUGAACGAAACUAUUCGUCAUGCCAGACAAGAUCGACUAAAGGCGAGCACGGUGAUUGAACAACUGCAUGCAGAUUAUGAACAAUUGUUGGGUGAGAUUCGUGAAGACCGAAGUGUGCUUUACACGGAUCCCAAUGAAACUACCUCGGACAAUGAAAUUGAGCCGGAUUCCGGUGUUGGAUCCCAAAUCAGGUACAUCGAGGUUGAUUUGUAUGCUUUACGUUUUAUCCGGUUACACGUUUAUGUUGUGAACGGCAGAAGAGAUGAAAUCCAUAGUGAGAAGAAACUACUGCUUCGUAAUGAAAACCGGUAG